ACUAUACUUACACGUUCUCUCGUGUAUUUCAGAUCACCAGGACAGCGCCACCUGGUGUGUGAGCGGGGAAGAGAGAAUCGCAAGACGAGACGCGCGGUGUGGAGAGACGUGAGGACGGCGGCCGGGGUGUAUGACACCGCGCGGACGGGCCACGCAGACACGUCACGGUCUACAGAGAGCGGGGACACGCCGGGACAGCGUGAUAGCUACUCAGUGAGACGGACACCAGAACGUGGUGAUACACGCAUAGUAGUAGUCUCACAGACACUAGGACGGCGCGAAAUACAGGGAGAGUGCCGGACACCGUGACGUAGAAAGACGCUGAGGUUCUGCGUAGAGUGACAGACGCCGGAACGUGGUGAUACACGUCGCCAGCGUGAGAGACACUAAGACAGCGUGAUAUAUAUACGUGACGCGGGAACGUCGUGAUGCGAGAAUACAAGAUCGUCGUGCUCGGCAGCGGAGGUGUAGGGAAGAGUGCCAUCACGGUGCAGUUUGUCCAGGGAAUAUUUGUUGAGAAGUAUGAUCCAACAAUAGAGGACAGCUACAGGAAGCAAGUAGAAGUUGACGGACAGCAAUGCAUGCUGGAGAUACUGGACACGGCCGGAACGGAGCAAUUCACGGCUAUGCGAGAUUUGUACAUGAAGAACGGACAGGGCUUCGUGCUCGUCUACUCGAUCACCGCACAGUCUGACCUCAACGACCUCCAGGAUCUAUCAGCGAACUAGCAUCCUGCCGCCGUCAAGGGAUUGCCGACAACGUGCCGAUGGUGCUUGUGGGGAACAAGUGCGACUUGGAGGAUGAGAGAGCCGUCGGGAAGGACCAGGGACAGA